AUGGGCUCAGGGAGCAAGAUUAAGUUUGCUAUCUGUGAGGUGCUGCAGUUCGCCAGCUUCUGCGUUCCACUUUUUAUAAUAAUGCAACGUUUUGCCCUCAUUGUAGCUCAAGUGAGGAGCCAAUUGCAGCCCAUAGGUGGGAACACUACAACAGCUUAUUGGCUGAUUGUGGCUUCAUCCGUGGCCUAUGUGACAUCAAUGACGAUGCUGAUUUGGCUACCUAUGAAGUACAUGGUGUUUAUGAAGAAGAAGGCACUGGUCGACGGGAAGAAGUGGAGGCCUGUUGCUUUGGCUUAUAUGCUCCUCUCAACGCUGCCCUGUUUUGCCUUUCUCAUAGCCAGCUCUGAGUUGCAGAUUAGAAAUGAUCUAAGGAUGGAUACAUUUGCUGAACUGCCAGUUUCACUAUUGCUUUUCUCCCUAAUCUGCAUCGAUAUAGUGGAAAGAAUCCGACAUUGCAGACUUACAGGUCAAGCUAACGAACUGGCACGGGAUGCAGAUAUCCCCACCAUGAUUACACAUAUUGGAAGAGUCACUCAGACUGUCACUCCUACGACUGGCCCACCUCCUACAGCAACUAAUGCCAGUGCGGGCGCAGAGCAUGGCGUAGGGUCGGCAAACUGGAUUGUGCGAGGACUGCCUGCCGAUGCCCGUGCUGAGGUCUUUGUGGACAGUUUCUUAUUCUGGUUUGACACGGUAGAGAUGGUUCGAGUAGCGGGACACAUGCCUGUGUAUUUUUCGGGAUGGGCGUUACCGAUUUACCUAUUUUGCUUCCUCUCCACAACGCGAUUGGUUCUAACUCCGCACAGUCCCCUCCUCUCAUCUCUGGGUGUGGCCCUUCAAGACCUGCCCUUCCUGAUCUUGAGGAUAUCGUUGAUUGCCAUCUUUGGUUUUGUAACACCACUACUCUACGUGAUGAAGAAUCUACUGGUCUGCUUAUCCUACAUCUACUUCAACUUCAUGACAAAACUGAGGUUCUUCAACACCGAGAGGCUGUUCUGAUGGAUUACAGUGGCACAAAACAAUAAUGAUGGGAUUGAAAAGGUCCCAACAUGGGUUUACUGGUGUUCCCACUAGAUACUCAUAACUAGCAUAACCAGCAAGACUUCCUUUUCUCCACCCCAUUUUUUGUUGGUGAAAUGCAUGGCUAUAAUGGUCCACCAUCUGCAUCAGCACCAAACUAGCACUAAACACUAUAAACCAGCCUAAACCAACGUGGUUUUUCAGCAAAGGAUUACAAAAUAGUAUACAGAAAGGAAGCCGGGCUCCUCAAAAAUGUGAUUUCUAAGGAUUAAGAAAUCUUAGAAUGAUGUGGGCAAAAACUAAAGGGACAUCAGGGUAGUUGCAGAGCUAUUUCAGUGGACCUGAAAAGAAUUAAGACCUUAACUAUUGCACUUUUAAAGACUUGAUAAAGGGACUGUUACUGAAUUCCUUGUUAUUUGAAUGUAUUGAAUGUACUAAUUUAUAUUCAACACAUAUUUUAUAUCCCAGAAGUGUGAUCUUAUUUAAAAAAAUAAAA